UCCGCCCUUCCGAACUUUUGCACUUUUGCACACGCCAAUCAUGAUUAAGCGAGCCUUGUCAACGGUUGUUUCCAGUGUCAAGACAGUCAGUGUCGGCACCCCGUUCACAGCCAGUCAUCGCAUCUUCUUUGAACGGCCAUAUUAUUUCCCCUUUCCAUGAUAUCCCACUGUAUGCCAAUGCCGAAAAAACCCUGUUCAAUAUGGUGGUGGAAAUUCCACGCUGGACAAACGCCAAAGUCGAGAUCGCCACAGACCAAGAUUUUAAUCCUCUGAAACAAGAUGUGAAAAACGGUAAAGUGCGGUUUGUACGCAACUGCUUCCCUUACAAGGGUUACAUUUGGAAUUACGGUGCUUUGCCUCAGACAUGGGAGGAUCCUACUGCCAAGCAUCAUGAAACGGGUGCUCGCGGUGAUAAUGAUCCGAUUGACGUUUGUGAGAUUGGGGGUCAAGUCGGAUAUCCUGGACAGAUCAAGCAAGUGAAAAUUUUGGGCGUCAUGGCAUUACUGGAUGAAGGUGAAACAGAUUGGAAACUUAUUGCCAUUGAUGCCAAGGAUCCACUUGCCGAUCAAUUGCACGAUGUGGAGGAUGUGAAUAAGCAUUUCCCUGGAUUGAUUGAAGCGACCCAUCACUGGUUCAAAAUUUACAAGAUGCCUGAUGGUAAACCGGCCAACGAAUUUGCAUUUGGUGGAGCGUGUAAAAACAAGGCCUACGCGAUGGGCAUUAUAGAGGAAACACAUGAAGCGUGGCAAAAUUUAAUUCAAGGCAAGAUCCCAUCCAAAGGUGAAACCCACAACAUUAGCGUUGCCAAUGUAACGAUCGGAGCGUCUCCAUAUAAAGUAGAUCAACCGUUACACGAAUCUGAAAUGGUGGAUCAAUUAAAGACUCGAGAAGCAGAAACGCCUGCAACACCGGACGACAAAUGGUACUAUUAUGUCAAAGCACACCUUUAGAACUCGAUUCACUGUAACACCAUGGCGACACAAAUUUAUUAAACAGUUUGGCGGUCUUUUUUAUUUUUUAUUUUUUACCAAUGCCUUUUUGUAUUUCAUCUUUUGUUGUUGUUGUUAUUCCUUAUUGUUUUCUUUUCCUUUCUUUUUCUUUUUUCGUCAGACCAGUACUUAAUUUGGCUGCUGAGAGGAUUG